GAAUCUUUCAACAUAGUAAAGGUAACAUCAAAACAGCUUAAAAGGUCAUUGAUGGCAAUGAAAGGUUUUCCUACAAUAUUUGUGGUAUUUUUGUUUGUCUCCGCCGCCAUUGCUACUCUCCCACCUCCACCACUAGACCCUUUCUUAUAUGCACCGCGUCAAGCAAUGUUUCCUUGGGCAUCAAACAGUCCUAACCGGAACCUUAAGAAAUCAACUCCAAAAUCGGUGAUUGCUUUGGCUGUACUGGCUGGACUUGCGCUUGUUGCUGUAUCUGUGGUAGUACUAGUUUGUGUGUGUUCUAGAUCAUCUUCACCACCACUUGCUGCUACUGAUGGGAUAGUGCUUGGAAUUUGCAGUGCCAAUGCAAACACUCAGAUCAGAUCAAUGGAGUAAUAAAACUUGACUGGAGUAUUCAUAAAUGUUUUAUUAUUCUUAUAAUUAUUAUUUUAGAUUUCUAUAAGUUUUUCUAUUAUCAGCGUGUACCAAAUACUAAUGCAUGAUGAAUU